AUGAGAAAUAUAGAUGAGCUACCUAUAGACAUACCAUCAUCGCCGCUCUCAUCAACAUCAUGGGAAAUCAGACCAUCUCCCGGAAAAGGCCUCGGGGUCUUUGCCAAGAGUCCUAUCCGUACUGGACAGCGAAUCAUGGUCGAGGCACCUCUAUUCGCCAUUACGCCUCCUCAGUUUGUGCCCGGCAAAGGUUACGAGCUCUCUGCCAUGGCGGCCUCGGUUGAUGCGGCCGUGGCCUCGCUGAGUCCAGCGGACCGCAACGUCUUCCACUCAUGCCACGCCCACUAUCUACCCGGUGAAGCAGCCGCCACCGAGGAACCCGGAAGCGGUGCAGACAUGCGCAGAAAUCGAAACAUGGUCAUAUUCCGGAGCAACGCGUACACCUUGACCAAUGGCUCCGUGGCCAUGUUUCCCCAAAUCGCCCGCAUCAACCACGCGUGCCGGCCAAACGCGGCCAAUGUGUGGAGCGCGGCGUCGGACCGGCGUAUUAUCUGGGCAGCGCGUGAUAUUGCCGCCGGAGAAGAGGUCACGGUCACGUACGCGCCGCUGCUCAAGGCUCGCAGUGAUCGUCAGGCGCGGCUGGCGCCGUACGGGUUUACGUGCGACUGUGAGGCCUGUCGUGACAAUGACCCCGAGGGGACAGAUCGGUCGCGCGUCAGAAUGGGUCGGCUCCUGGCCGAGCUAGAGGAACGAUUGGCCCAGAGCACGUCGGGCGCGGCAAACAAGAGGCUGUUGCCCAAGGCUCUCGAACUUGUGCAAUUGCUGGAAAAGGAACACAUGAUGGACUAUCUCCCAAACGCCUACCACCUAGCAGCUGAGUUGGCUCAUCGCAUGGAGGAUUCAGCCGCAGCGAUGACCUGGUCGGAAAAGGCGCUACAAUUGCACAGGCAUGCAGACGAGAUUUCACAUGCUGCAAUGGGCGAGCAGAGCUAUCUCGACAGAGUUCGCAUGUGA